CAUGUUUUUACCAGACAUUUUUACAUUAUAUAAAUCGAAAUAAUGCUAAUCAAAUAUAUAAUUAUAUUGUAUUUAAUAACACCAGACUACAACUAUAGCUUGUCUAUAAGGAAGGAUAUAGAAUUUGCUAAACAGUUUUUGGAAUACCAUGGAAUAUCUGAUAAGAAUGUAUGUGUAAAAAAAUACAUAGAACAAGUAUGCUCAAAUGAUCAAAAAGAAGUAUGCAGCGCUCGGCUUUUAGGAAAGAAAAUGGAGUUUAAACAAUUUUUUAACCCGUGUUACAUGGAUUUUAAUAAUUUUUGCGACUCUCAAGACAACAUAUGGGCUAUCAAAAAUGCUGGUCCCUGCGUAAUGAACUCCGAUAUGAGACGAUUCGCGAAGGAAAUUGAACGAAUUGCGGAAUCUUCCCCCAAAUCAUUACCAAAUGACGAAAAUGUGACAGAUGAUGACAAAAUUGGAACUAAUGAUGAAGUGACAGAUGAAACGACAUAUGAAACAACAACCGAUGAAACAGAAUCAGUCACAGAAUCGACUGAUGAAACUGAAUCAGUAACCGAGUCGUCUGAUGAAACUGAAUCAGUCACAGAGUUGACUGAUGAAACUGAAUCGACCACAGAGUCGACGGAUGAAACUGAGACUACAUAUGAAACUGAAACCACAUACGAAUCUACAACUGAUGACGUCACAGUUGCAACUACAAUUAAAGUGACUGGUGAAGCAAAAUUAAGAAUGGGAAAGGAAAUUGGUAAAAUAGUUUAUGACGAUGGCUCUAAGUUAGUUCUUAGACAGGGAAACUCGACCCGUUUCCCCCCGAUGAAAGGAAGUAAAACAUGGAAAGGUGAACCGUGCGAAAAAUAUGUCAAACCGUGCCCGGUUCUCUACUACCCUGUAUGCCUGUAUUACGAGAGGGAGAAUCCGGAUAAAGUCACAUAUUACUACUUUAUAAACAGUUGUGAAGGGAAGCAGUGGUCUUGCUAUCAUCCUGAGCAUCCAAUACAUGGCUCGAGCAGUUUAAGAGCUGGAUACUGCGCUCACAUACAGUACAUAAACUACGCCCGAUACGUCCAUGUGAUCUCAGCGUAUGGCCACUAUGGCUGGCUACAGGGGCCCUGGCGCUUCAAUCACAUCCUGAAGCCCCACGAGCGCGCUAACUAAGUUCACACGUCGGCAUGGGGCCACUACGGCUGGCUACAGGGGCCCUGGCGCUUGUACCACAUCCUGAAGCCGCACGAGCGCGCUAAGUUCACACGUCGGCAUGGGGCCACUACGGCUGGCUACAAGGGCCCUGGCGCUUGAACCACAUCCUGAAGCUUGCACGUUUCUUAUUAUUAAGCAAUAGGGUUGUUUGAAACGCUUGUAUUGCGUUCUAUAUUAACUAAAAGUUGCCCUAAAAUUCAACUUUUAUACUAAAAACGGCUUUAAAUAUGUUAAAUGCUUUCGCGCCCAAAACGCUCUUUGAAAAUUGUGUGACGUCACGGUUUACGGUUUGACACAUAACUACAUACACACGUAGAAGAUACGAACUGUCAACUGACAUUUGUCAUUUGUUGUUUAUCGCCUAACUGUCAACAGUGUCAAUCCGAGAGUUGUGACGUCAUCAAAAUCUUCAAAGACGUUUCGAGUUUGGUCACGUGACGUGUGCCAAAAUAUAUUUUUAAUUCAAUAUUUACAAAAAUAUGGUCAUUACAUACAUAUGGUCUCCUAAAAGUAGUUUAACAUGUUCUUAUAAUCCAAAAGAAUUUAUUGGGAUACAAUUCUGCCCUAAAAUUUGUAGAUGGAAACAACCCUAUUGUCACGUGAUGCUCUCUUCUGUUUGCCGUGCCCUGCAGCAACCCCAAAUUCAUUUGGCUUUUACCAUCGCCCAAACUGUUAACUUUCCAUCCAUGGACCUUAUUGCAAAAGGCAUAAGGUCCACCGAUGGAUAGUUGUGUUGCUUUUUGUACUCGCAAAGUACUACAGUUUUUUCAAGUACACAUAUUAAGUACACACACUAGUCUCCAGAGCGUAGGCGUGUAGUCAAUUUCGAACGUGGGCGCAAUUGCGCAGCGACGCCAUUUUCCACAGCGCUGACUACACGCCGACGCUCAAAAGACGCUAGUAUGGGGUGGCCCUACGUAUACCAGUUGUGUAAUAAAUUCUCAUUUAAUAACGUAAUAUGUGAUUGCCAGAGUAUGACGUCAAUUUUUUCUAACCCAAAUUAGAGCCUAACUGCAUGUCUUAGUUACCUGUAUAAUGUACUUUCGUGUGCAA